UUUGGGGUCACGCGUUGCACGUAUUUCAGCUGCUGGAGUACCGCCGCCUGCACCGUUGCUGGCCGCACCCCUCACCCCGUCUCUCCAUUGAGUUCAUCUACGGCAGUGUCAACAGGCUGAGCACGAAACCAGACAUGUCUUCUACCACGCCGUUCAGAGAGUUGGGGGGGCGGGCGAAGGUCUCCUUGCCUGCGUGGGAGCUGCGCAAGGAUAAGGAGGAGGUCAAGUACGUCCUCAAAGUGUGCCGGGGUGUGCCGCAGAACGACGCCCACGACGAAGAAAGCCUGAACAGUUUGAUAGACACCUUUGAGACUCGGGACAGCGACGUGUUCGUGUGCACGUACGUCAAGUCCGGAACCACAUGGACUCAGCAGAUCAUCAACUUGCUGCGAAACAAGGGCGAGGACGGGGACGACACGUACGCAGAGGCGGUGCCUUGGCUAGAGGCGGCACUUUUCGGAGGGAAGCUUGGGGAAAAAGAGGCGACGAACUGGACCUUGGACAAGAUCGUGGCCAACUCCGACAAGCGCUUCUUUAAGACGCACGCUAACCUCAAGGAUUUGCCUUGCGGGAAGGCGCCAGGCGUGAAGGUGAUCUACGUUUGUCGCAACCCUAAGGAUGUUUGCGUUUCCCUUCAGCACCAUGCCACCAACAAGCCCAUGUUCCAGUACACGGGGGAUUUUAGCGACAUGCUCACCUUCUUCGCGGAGGGCAGAUGCGAGAACGGAUCGUGGUUCGACCACGUGCUGGAGUGGCACGAGGCAUCCAAGGCCGACCCGGAGCACGUUAUCUUCCUCCGUUACGAGGACAUCCUCGCCGACCCGCCGACCUACGUCAAGAAGAUCGCCGACUUCGUGGGCAUCGAAACGACCCCGGAAAUCAUCGAAAAGACGGUUGCCGCGUCCACGAUCUCCGCGAUGAAGAGCAGCGCCAAUGCCAACACGCAGAAGGAAGUCAACCACCUGCGAAAGGGGGGAGCAGGGGGCUGGCGCGACGUGUUCAAAGUGCGAGAGUCGGAGGCGUUCGAUCGCCUCUACCGGGAGCAAAUGAAGGGUUCCGGGCUAGAGAUGGACUUCGGCGAGGGCCUGAGUAUGUGAAACUGGCAUGCAUGCAGACCAAGCAGAGCUCCCUGCGGGAAGAGCAGGGAAGGGAGCGGGGCUCUGUUUAGCCAAUUUUCGGUUGGUAGUCUUUCUUGCCUCGCUUCGUUGGACGCCUACGCAUGGUCGAUUUGGGAGUCUACAAGUUGGAGGGCGACAGGGAUGGAUAGAUGGGUUGUGCCGUAUGCGACGAUUCGGAGACUCGUGUGGUGUCAUCAUGUGUCCCAGAGUAUUUGAAGUCGUGCCGUUGGAUGAUGACGAUUAACAAGUGUGGUCGUCUAACAUGUUAAACUCUGGCAGUGUUGCGGUGUUUGGUGUUGUCCUGAGGUCUCGCGUACAGGUUGGGGAGGAGUGGAGGCAGAGGGCUCUUGCUGUCGUUGUUUUUCGUGUUUCGGUGCGGCGCGUACAACAGAUUGCCCUUCCAGGGGAGGGGAGGCACAAAAAUUUCUUUGGCUUCUUGAGCACUACUGAAGAUCAAUAGGCUGUACGAGUGUGCCAUCACUUGUGGGGGAUUGUUGGUUGUGUUCACAAAAAAAAAAAACGUUCCGAUCUCGAUCUGGGGGAUGCUCCCGAGCCAUUCUUGAGGCUUGACACUGUUGAUGCCGUCGAACACUAUCCGUCGCUCUGUCCGGUUUUGAGCGAGUUUUUUUGUUGUCGCUACAUCAUAGCUGUGUUGUUUCCACGUACUGUCCUCUGUGCUUCGUUGUGCCUUGCUCGUCAUUGUGCUUCAAAUGACAGAUGUUUAAUGUUUGCCACAUUUAAUUUUCGCGAGCUGCUUCGUGGAGCCCAAGAUUAGAUUUAUUUCAGUGAUCAGAGGAUACGGCGCCCCCUUCACAUGGGC